UGUACUUUGGCCAGGCUAGUCUCGAACUCCUGACCUCAGGUGAUCCGCCUGCUUUGGCCUCCCAAAUGCCUGGGAUUACAGGCAUGAACCACCGUGUCUAGCCCAUUAGCAACUCUUAAAAUUCAGAGGCAUAAGCCUGUAUUCUUGAGGGUUUAUGCAUGGAAUCCAGCUAGAAACUGAGUCUAUUACAGAUCCCAUUUAUUAUCCUUUCUAUUCCAAGAAGCCUUUUUUCCUCCUUCCCCACAUCUGUUUAUGGAAGAAAAUGAAGUUUGGGGUGUGGUUUGAGGACUCAGCUAGAUUCUUAUGAUCUGUCACAUGCCUGGAUGUUGGGGAAGCAUUUGGAGAAGCUCAUGUGACUUGUCCUAGAUUGGGGAUUUUAAUUGAGACAGAUGAUGUUUAUCGGGCAUCCCACCACCUGAGAGUUUUAGCAACAGAGUCACAUGGGAGUCCAUCAGAACUUAUGGCAUUGAUUCAAGUGCUGUCAUAGAUAACCAGGACUACGGUUUUUGGUUACGUUUAAAGACAAUUUCAUCUGGACUUUCUGGGUAUAUCUUCCUUCAGCAAAACCACAUUAGGCUGGGAAAGCUAGUCUCCUUCCUGGAAGUAAUGACAACUUGCAACCAACAAGCUUACAAAAAUACAAAGAAUUCUGGAGCCUAUGGCUUCCAUUACAUUAUUCUUUUAUAGCCUUUUAUGUUCAUUACCGCAUCCCAGAGGUGAGGGUCAGACACAAAUUUGAAAAUAGGUUUCAAUGUUGGAGAGGUAAAUCAUAACAGGAAAGGGGUAGGAAAAGAUGUAAUUCCCCCAAUGUUAUAAUAAAGAUAUUGAAGAAGGAUGGGAGAGACUAGGGCUGUGUCCUUCCUUUUACCAAAAGAGAAGGUAAGCUCCUAUUUGAGUCAAUAGAUACUGAGGUCUUGUUAUUUGCCACCAAAGACAGUCUUGUGCGACUAAAUACCUAGCAACUCCCUACCCUGGCACACAUGCUGCACACACACAGAAACACUACAAAUCCGUUGACUCCUUCCCUCCUCCCUACCCUUCCUUCUCUCAGCAUUUCUAUCCCCGCCUCCUCUUACCCAAAUUUUCCAGCCGACAACUGGAGCUGACUUCCGCAAUCCUGAUGGAAUAAAUCUAGCACCCCUGAUGGUCUGCCCACACUUUGUUGCCGAAACGAAGCCUGACAACAGUUCCAUCAGCAGGAUGUGGGGGCUCAAGGUUCUGCUGCUACCUGUGAUGAGCUUUGCUCUGUACCCUGAGGAGAUACUGGACACCCACUGGGAGUUAUGGAAGAAGACCCACAGGAAGCAAUAUAACAGCAAGGUGGAUGAAAUCUCUCGGCGUUUAAUUUGGGAAAAAAACCUGAAGUAUAUUUCCAUCCAUAACCUUGAGGCUUCUCUUGGUGUCCAUACAUAUGAACUGGCUAUGAACCACUUGGGGGACAUGACCAAUGAAGAGGUGGUUCAGAAGAUGACUGGACUCAAAGUACCCCCCUCUCAUUCCCGCAGUAAUGACACCCUUUAUAUCCCAGACUGGGAAGGUAGAGCCCCAGACUCUGUCGACUAUCGAAAGAAAGGAUAUGUUACUCCUGUCAAAAAUCAGGGUCAGUGUGGUUCCUGUUGGGCUUUUAGCUCUGUGGGUGCCCUGGAGGGCCAACUCAAGAAGAAAACUGGCAAACUCUUAAAUCUGAGUCCCCAGAACCUAGUGGAUUGUGUGUCUGAGAAUGAUGGCUGCGGAGGGGGCUACAUGACCAAUGCCUUCCAAUAUGUGCAGAAGAACCGGGGUAUUGACUCUGAAGAUGCCUACCCAUAUGUGGGACAGGAGGAGAGCUGUAUGUACAACCCAACAGGCAAGGCAGCUAAAUGCAGAGGGUACAGAGAGAUCCCCGAGGGGAAUGAGAAAGCCCUGAAGAGGGCAGUGGCCCGAGUGGGACCUGUCUCUGUGGCCAUUGAUGCAAGCCUGACCUCCUUCCAGUUUUACAGCAAAGGUGUGUAUUAUGAUGAAAGCUGCAAUAGCGAUAAUCUGAACCAUGCAGUUUUGGCAGUGGGAUAUGGAAUCCAGAAGGGAAACAAGCACUGGAUAAUUAAAAACAGCUGGGGAGAGAACUGGGGAAACAAAGGAUAUAUCCUCAUGGCUCGAAAUAAGAACAACGCCUGUGGCAUUGCCAACCUGGCCAGCUUCCCCAAGAUGUGACUCCAGUCAGCCAAACCAUCCUGCUUUUCCAUUUCUUCCGCAAUGGUGCAGUGUAACGGUGCACUUUGGAAGGGAGUUGGUGUGCCAUUUUUGAAGCAGAUAUGGUGAUGCUGAGAUUGUCUGUUCAGUUUCCCCAUUUGUUUGUGCUUCAAAUGAUCCUUCCUACUUUGCUUCUCUCCACCCAUGACCUUUUUCACUGUGGCCAUCAGGACUUUCCCUGACAGGUGUGUACUCUUAGGCUAAGAGAUAUGACUACAGCCUGCCCCUGACUGUGUUGUCCCAGGGCUGAUGCUGUACAGGUAGAGGCUGGAGAUUUUCAUAUAGGUUAGAUUCUCAUUCACGGGACUAGUUAGCUUUAAGCACCCUAGAGGACUAGGGUGACCUGACUUCUCACUUCCUAAGUUCCCUUCUAUAUCCUCAAGGUAGAAAUGUCUGUGUUUUCCACUCCAGUUCAUAAAUCUAUUCAUAAAUCUUUGGUACAAGUUUACAUGAUAAAAAGAAACGUGAUUUAUCUUCCCUUCUUUGCAUUUUUGAAAUAAAGUAUUUAUCUCUUGUCUACAGUUUAAUAAAUAGCAUCUAGUACACAUUCA